UCCCUACCUACGUGAUACUAAUCGCGAACAAGCCAGAUCUCUCAUCAAUAUUUCUCGCACAGGCUAAACAAUAAUCGCAGCUUGCCGAAAACCCAUAGUCUAUACGUACGGUCAACGUUCCCUAUAUUUUUCGGUGCGAAAAUCGGGAAUGAGACAUCUAGCUUCAAUGAAAAAAGAAAACAAAAAUCUUCCGGCUAUGGUACCAUCACGGAACAAUAACAUUAAAGGCCACACAUAAUAUUACGUGUUAAUGCUUCUUGCUCUGGAUGGCAAUUAAUACUGACCUUCGCGUCGUGGAUCCAAAAAUAGCCACGUAGGCCACUGAUGCAGAUGAUACUGUAUACCAUAUUGUCCAACAAUAGGCCGCAAUAAACUAUUUUGUUCUUUCUUUUCUUUUUCAAUCUAAAGCGAUGCUAAAGUUGCGCCUCCGUGUCUUUGCAGCUGGACUUCGCUGACCUCCUGGAGAGCGGCAGGUACGCCGACGUUCAGUUCGUUGUGCAGUCCGACCCCUACUCCGUGUCCAGGACCUUCAAGGCCCACAAACAGCUGUUGGCCAUGCGCAGUGACGUGUUUGGCGCCAUGUUUGAAGGAUCGCUCCGCGACCGGGACACCGUCCUCAUCAGGGACCUGCACCCCGAUGGCUUCCGUGGGCUUCUCGAGUACGUAUACACAGGACGGUCCGCUAUCAACAACAUCCAAGAUGCCAUCUACACAAGAGACGCAGCUGAGAAGUACCGCUUCCUAGAUCUCGCCAACACCUGCACCGAAUAUAUUAAAAGUCACCUCGAAGCAGACGAUGUCUGCACGUUGAUCGACUACUCGUUCGUGUCUUACGGUGCAGUCAAAGACGACGUGGUGGUGGAGGAAGUUAUCUUGGACAACGGUGAAUCCGUGCUGUCGUCUGCUGCCUUCACGAUCUCCAUGGAGGAGACGGUGAACUUCGUUUUGGACAGGGUGCACGGCGUUCCGACGAAGGUGGUCAUCAAGGCCGUGCUCCGUUGGGCAGGCGCGCAGUGCGGUCCCGACGUCGCCAACUGGGAAUACACCGGGACAGUCGCCGCCGCUGUGAGGAAGUUCCUCCCUAAGAUCAAGUUCCUGGCGCUGAGCGUGCGGCAGAUGACGAAAUUCAUCGCGGCCGACGCCACGUGGGACAUUCUCACGGAGGAUGAGGCGUGCGCCAUCUUGUGCGAGAUCAUCCAACCCGGGAGUGCGUCGCCGCGGCCUGAGUGGCUGAACCCCGAGCGUGACAUUUUCGCCAGGCCCGAAUCGACUUCGCGGGAACCUCCCCUCCGCAUUAGACGUCGCUGAGUCGGCGCCGAUUCGGUUCUCCUCCGCGGCCGGGACGAUCCGGCCGGAUUCCUAAAACGCGACCACGCUGUGCCGCCGAUGCAGAGGCGAACGGGAACAUCUUCUUUCUUACUUUCUCUCUCUGCUUAUUUUAAAUAUGUAUAAAGGCGCUAUGAUGUUCCCUGUCUCUUCUAUAGUCUGUCCAUAGUUAUUUUCUGUAAUCUGUGUGUAAGAGAAAAUUACCUUCCAGCGUCGUGCUCUUGUGUCAUGUUCAGAGGUGAAGAAUUUCAAUCUAGUCCCCCCCCCCCCCCCCUUUUUUUUAUUCUAAUUCUGUGGGUUUUCCCCAGAAUUGAUUUUUCCUGCUUGUGUGCGCAUGCGCGCGUUCAAAUAAACGGUGAUUUAUAAGAUA